CAAUCCCAUUUAUCUUACUCUAUUCUCUCCUCCGCCCCCCUCACGUUUUGUUGGGUGGAUGAGGUCGUCUUGCGGCCUUAGGUAAAUAUGGCUCCUCUACCGAUCAAGUUUACGGAGCUUCUUAAUCUGACGGCUGCUGAAAUUGCGGUAUGUGUUGAUGCUCAAUCGGGCGAUUGCCUUACACGCCCAAUCCGUGGAGACGCGCCCGCUCCCGGCAUCGAUUGGUUUCAACUCAUGUACUCUAGAAUCAGACCACUUCGUGUGUGUUCGGCAAAAGCUCUCCGAAGAAGAUAAACCUCAAGUUAUCAUAAUCAACCUGAAGAACAACAAUGAGGUCAUCAAGCGACCAAUCAAUGCGGAUAGUGCUAUCAUGCACUGGAACCGCAACAUCAUCGCUCUGAAGGCUCAAGGCCGCACAAUCCAGAUCUUCGACCUGACGGCGAAGCAGAAGCUGAAAUCAGCGGUCAUGAAUGAGGAUGUUGUCUACUGGAAGUGGUUCAGUGAGAAGUGCCUGGGCUUGGUGACAGAGUCCUCUGUUUACCACUGGGAUGUCUUCGACCCUACCCAGUCCCAGCCUAUUAAGGUUUUCGAUAGGCUCCCCAAUCUGAAUGGAUGCCAAAUCAUCAAUUACCGGGUUAACGAUGACGAGAAAUGGAUGGUGGUGGUCGGAAUCAGCCAGCAGCAAGGUCGCGUUGUGGGCUCAAUGCAGCUAUUUUCCAAGGAUCGUGGGAUCUCGCAGUUCAUUGAAGGCCACGCAGCUACUUUUGCUUCGAUCCGUGUCGAAGGUUCUCCCCUCGAACACAAGCUUUUUACCUUCGCUGUUCGGACGCAAACUGGUGCCAAAUUGCAGAUCGCCGAAAUCGACCAUCAGGAGCCAAACCCGAGGUUCCAGAAGAAGGCCGUAGAGGUAUACUUCCCUCAGGAGGCGGUCAAUGACUUCCCAGUUGCUAUGCAGGUCUCCAGGAAGUACGAUAUUGUGUACCUGGUUACCAAAUAUGGCUUUAUCCACCUCUACGACCUCGAGACCGGUACUUGCAUCUUCAUGAACCGUAUUUCAAGCGAGACGAUCUUUACAACUGCCCCUGACUCCGAUUCUGCUGGUCUGGUCGGCGUAAACCGCAAGGGUCAAGUUCUGUCGGUCAGUGUCGAUGAGGGUACUAUCAUCCAGUACUUGAUGGAGAACCCGGCUAUGUCUGGCCUCGCAGUGAAGCUUGCUUCUAAGGCAGGCCUUCCUGGCGCAGACCACCUGUACCAGCAGCAGUUCGACAACCUUGUCGCCCAAGGCAACUACUCUGAAGCCGCCAAGAUUGCCGCCAACUCACCCCGUGGUUUCUUGCGCACUCCGGAGACCAUUAACCGCUUCAAGAGCGCUCCUCAAUCCGGACAGGGGAUGUCUGUAAUCCUCCAGUAUUUCGGCAUGCUUUUGGAUAAGGGCUCUCUGAACAAGUAUGAGAGUGUUGAGCUCGUCCGUCCUGUUUUGCAGCAGAACAGGAAGCACCUUCUUGAGAAGUGGAUGCGCGAAAACAAAUUGGAAGGCUCAGAGGAACUAGGUGAUAUUGUUCGGCCAUACGACAUGAACCUUGCCCUCAACAUCUACCUGCAGGCCAACGUCUCGCAUAAGGUCAUCGCUGGAUUCGCCGAGACGGGUCAGUUCGACAAGAUCCUCAGCUAUUCGAAGCAGGUUGGAUACCAGCCGGACUAUACCCAGCUGUUGCAGCAUAUCGUUCGCGUGAACCCCGAAAAGGGUGCUGAAUUUGCUUCUCAGCUUGCCAAUGAGGAAUCCGGUGCUCUCAUCGAUCUAGAACGCGUCGUGGAUGUUUUCCUGUCCCAGAACAUGAUCCAGCAGGCCACUUCAUUCUUGCUAGAUGCUUUGAAGGAUAACAAGCCCGAGCACGGCCACCUGCAGACACGCCUACUUGAGAUGAACCUCAUCAAUGCUCCUCAGGUCGCCGAUGCCAUUCUUGGCAAUGAGAUCUUUACUCACUACGAUCGCCCUCGCAUCUCUCAGCUUUGUGAGAAUGCCGGUCUCAUCCAACGUGCGCUCGAGAACACUGACGACCCUGUCGCCAUCAAGCGCAACAUUGUCUGUACUGACAAGCUGAGCCCCGAGUGGUUGAUGAGCUACUUUGGUCGUCUCUCAGUCGAGCAGACCCUUGACUGCAUGGACACGAUGUUGCAGGUUAAUAUUCGCCAGAACUUACAAGCGGUCAUUCAGAUCUGCACUAAGUUCUCCGACCUGUUGGGACCUGCUCGCCUUAUUAGCCUGCUCGAGAAGUAUCGUACCGCUGAAGGCCUCUUCUUUUACCUUGGAAGUAUUGUCAACCUUAGCGAGGACCCCGAGGUUCACUUCAAGUACAUCGAGGCUGCCGCUGCUAUGAACCAGACCAAUGAGGUCGAGCGUAUCUGCCGUGAGAGCAACUACUACAACCCGGACAAGGUGAAGAACUUCCUGAAGGAAGCCAAGUUGACGGAGCAGCUCCCGUUGAUUAUCGUGUGCGAUCGUUUCAACUUUGUCCACGAUCUGGUUCUCUAUCUUUACCAGAACCAACAGUAUAAGUCCAUCGAGGUGUACGUACAGCGUAUCAACCCGUCGCGCGCUCCCGCGGUCGUCGGCGGUCUGCUAGACGUUGAUUGCGAAGAGAGCAUCAUCAAAAACCUUCUUUCCACUGUCGAUCCAUCCGUGAUUCCCAUUGAUGAACUUGUCUCGGAGGUUGAGAGCAGGAAUAGACUGAAAUUACUCUUGCCCUUCCUCGAGGCUACUCUUGCCACGGGCAACCAGCAGCAGGCAGUUUACAAUGCUCUUGCAAAGAUCUACAUCGAUAGCAACAACAACCCCGAGAAAUUCCUCAAGGAGAACGAUCUAUACGACACCCUCACUGUUGGAAAGUACUGCGAAAAACGUGAUCCGAACCUGGCAUAUAUCGCCUACCGCAAGGGACAGAAUGAUCUUGAACUCAUCAAUAUCACCAACGAGAACGCCAUGUACCGUGCUCAGGCUCGCUACCUUGUGGAGCGCGCCGAUUCGGAAAUCUGGUCCUUCGUUCUCAGUGAAAACAACCAGCACCGCCGUUCACUUGUCGAUCAGGUCAUUGCAACUGCCGUGCCUGAAUCGACCGAGCCCGAUAAGGUGUCAGUUGCUGUCAAGGCUUUCCUAGAAGCGGAUCUGCCUGGUGAGCUGAUUGAAUUGCUCGAGAAAAUUAUCCUCGAGCCCUCGCCAUUCAGUGAUAACGGCAGCUUGCAGAAUCUGCUGAUGCUUACUGCGGCCAAGGCUGAUAAGGGACGUUUGAUGGACUACAUCCAUCAGCUCAACGAGUUUAGCCCCGACGAGAUAUCCGAAAUGUGCAUCUCGGUCGGCUUGUACGAGGAGGCGUUCGAGAUCUACAAGAAGGUGAACAACUUCAUUGCUGCUGUCAAUGUCUUGGUUGAGAACAUUGUCAGCAUUGACCGUGCACAAGAGUUUGCAGAGCGCGUCGAAUUACCGGAGGUGUGGAGCAAAGUUGCCAAGGCCCAGCUGGAUGGUCUUCGCGUCUCUGACUCCAUCGAGUCCUAUAUUCGUGCUGGUGAUCCCUCGAACUAUAAUGAGGUUAUCGAAACGGCAACACAUGCCGGAAAAGACGAUGAUCUUGUUAAGUAUCUUAAGAUGGCCCGUAAGACUCUGCGCGAGCCUGCCAUUGACACAGGUCUCGCAUUCUGCUACGCCCGCCUCGACCAACUUUCGGAGCUCGAGGACUUCUUGCGAACCACCAACGUCGCAGAUAUCGAGGCAUCUGGUGAUAAGGCCUACGAGGAAGGCUUCCACCAGGCUGCUAAGAUCUUCUACACUAGCAUCUCGAAUUGGGCUAAGUUGGCAACAACCUUGGUGCACUUGGAAGACUACCAGGCAGCAGUGGAGUGUGCACGCAAAGCCAACAGCGUUAAGGUCUGGAAGCAGGUCAACGAAGCAUGUGUCAGCAAAAAGGAAUUCCGUCUCGCUCAGAUUUGCGGUCUCAACUUGAUUGUUCAUGCGGAAGAGCUGCAAGACCUCGUGCGCCAGUAUGAGCGCAAUGGAUACUUUGACGAACUUAUCGCGGUUUUGGAGGCUGGUCUGGGCCUGGAACGGGCGCAUAUGGGCAUGUUCACUGAGCUGGGCAUUGCUCUGUCCAAGUACCACCCCGACCGGGUGAUGGAGCACCUCAAGCUCUUCUGGUCUCGCAUUAAUAUCCCUAAGAUGAUCCGGGCUUGCGAAGACGCAAAUCUCUGGCCAGAACUGGUCUUCUUGUACUGCCAUUACGAUGAAUGGGACAAUGCUGCAUUGGCAAUGAUGGAGCGUGCUGCCGACGCCUGGGAGCACCACUCGUUCAAGGACAUCAUUGUCAAGGUGGCCAACCUGGAGAUCUACUACCGUGCGCUUAACUUCUACCUACAGGAACAGCCCCUGCUUCUCACCGACCUGCUGCAGGUGCUCACUUCCCGAAUUGACGUCAACCGUGUCGUGCGCAUUUUCCAGGCUUCGGACAACAUUCCCCUAAUCAAGCCCUUCUUGCUCAAUGUGCAGACCCAGAAUAAGAAGGCAGUGAAUGAUGCCAUCAACGAUCUGUUGAUUGAGGAGGAGGACUACAAGACUCUCCGCGAUUCGGUAGAUAACUACGACAACUUCGAUGCGGUGGCACUUGCCCAGCGACUGGAGAAGCAUGAUCUCAUCUUCUUCCGCCAGGUCGCAGCUAACAUCUACCGCAACAACAAGCGUUGGGAGAAGUCGAUUGCCUUGUCGAAACAGGACAAGCUCUACAAGGACGCGAUCGAGACUUCGGCCAUCUCCGGGAAGUCUGAGAUUGUCGAGGACCUUCUUCGUUAUUUCGUGGACAUUGGCAGCCGGGAGUGCUAUGUUGGAAUGCUGUAUGCUUGCUACGAUCUCAUCCGGCCUGACGUGAUCCUGGAGCUCUCGUGGCGCCACGGCCUUCACGACUUCACUAUGCCAUUUAUGAUCAACUUCCUGUGUGAACAGACGCGCACAAUUGAGAUGCUCAAGAAGGACAACGAGGAACGGAAGGCACGGGAAGUGACUCAGAAGACGGAGGAGGACAAUACCCCAAUUCUGGGUGGCACGCGGUUGAUGUUGACCCAGGGCCCGGCUGCGCCGGCGCCAAGUCCCAUGGCGUUUGGCCAGGCCAACGGCAUCGCUCCACAGGCAACUGGGUUCCGCCCUUUCUAGAUCAACGUUUGUUACGCACCCUUGUCAUUUUGAAUAACACCCUGUAUGUAUAGCAUGAGCGAUGGUUGAUCUGCUUCCGGGUGAGGGUGGGACACCAGCUAUUAUUGUGAAGGGAUAAUGGCUGGAUGGGCUCUGUCUGUCGGCUGACGGGCCCGCUGUUUCCGCCCGGUCGGGCUUUGUUACUCUUACUUGAUGCUUCUUCCCAUCCAUUUCAUGGAUCCGUUUGUAUUCCUCUUCUCGACAAUUUCCUGCUUAUGUCACCUACAACUUUACCCCUCUCGAUGUAUUUCAUAGGCCUUAAAAUUCUGUGCAUUCAGUCUCCGGGAGAUCCUGGGCGGUCACGGGCUUUGUCGUACUUAAUUCAAUUAUACUUGAGAUUUGAUCCUG